CAGCCCUGCUUCAUCGCGCAAGUCUACACGAUGCUUCUCUCGACUGAGCCGGGUUCUUGGUCGAACGACCAUGAGGUACCACGAGAGCGCCGGCCUAAGUCUUGAUAAUUAGACGGGCCUAGAUGAACAAAUAUAAAUAGAGUCUUACUCCCUGCGUUAAUUGACGUUCCUCAAGCAGGCAUCAACCAUCCUAUUCCGCACGCUCAUACUCCAAAUCUCUCAUCAUGUACUGGUUCAACCCUCUCGUGCUUGUUAGCACGCUCACUCUUGCCUCCGCAGCAGUCCUCCCAGCUGUAGAGAAGCGCGAUGGCGCCCAAACCGUCAAGGACAUCAACAGCAUCUCAUCCCAGACAGACGCUAUCUACAAGCAAGUCAACGACUUCAAGGGUGGCCCACUCUCCUCCCUCCAAGCCCUCGGCAUUCAGACCGCCUCUAUCAAGCUCGACAACACCAUCAAGCAAGGCACCAAGAACGCCAACAAAUCAGCCAAGUUUACCUCGGACGAGAGCAAUAACAUUGCUAUUGCUACCCUGGACCUCCAACCCAAAGUCACUGUGCUUAUUGAUGCGUUGAUCAACAAGAAGCAAGGCUUCCAGACCGCGUUGUUGGGACUGAGCGCUGUGCCACUUGUCAAGCAGACGCUGACCACGUUGAGGGCUGAUACAAAGACUUUUGGACAGGCAGUGACCGCGAAGUUGACACCUGAUAUUGCGGAGUUGGCUCCGAUUGUGUUGGACUUGAUUGACCAGGACUUCGCCAGGGGUAUCGCUGCUUUCUCUUGAAGAGGCAGUUGAGGUAUACGAGAUAUGAGA